GUUACCUAUCCCUACUUCAGAGUUGUAUAACUUCUGGCCUGUUCUUGUUGCUUUUUUUCUCAGUUUUCUAUAAAGAGGUUAUUUAUUAAUUUAGCCAAUAUGAUGAAAUUUAGCCGAAGUUUGGGAAGUGUGCUAACUCGAUUUGCUUUUAAUCACAGCGCAGCCUCAUCACAAUUUGUGCAGAACAUCCACACAGCUUUGCCACUGAAUUGUGAACAUCAUAAUCCAGAAAGUGCAACUGAAUCGCCGGCCGAUGAUACCCAAGAGAAACGUGAAUUAACUGAAAAAGACCGCAAGUUGAUGUUAAAGGAUCGAACAAAAGUAAUCCCUGUUGAGACCUCCAUCCGAUACCUAAAUAGCACUGCAUACAAACAAACGUACGGCGAACAAUUUGUCUGGGAACAGUACAGACGUAACCAUAAGGGGCCAUUUCCACCACGUAAAACGCGCAAAACCUGUGUACGCCAAGGUGUGAUAAGUACAGGAAAUCCUUGUCCAAUUUGUAGAGACGAAUAUUUGGUGUUGGAUCAUCGUAACAUAGAAUUAUUAAAACAGUUUAUUUCUCCACAAACGGGGCAGGUGCUGAGCUACUCAAAGACUGGUUUGUGCCAGAAGAAACAUUUGCAGUUGCUGGUUGCUGUUGAAAGAGCCAGGGAUUACGGUCUACUGACUUUCGACGUGCCAUAUCGUGAAUUCGAUUACAGCGAAUACGCCCAAAAAUCACAGGCAUAG